UCUUGAGUCUUUUUGAGAUCAUCUUAAUCCCAGAGUAAAGAAAUUCCUUUACUCUGGGAUUAACUAAAGGAAACGGGAUUAAAUCCCAUUGAGUUUGUUCAGUUUUUCCAUACACAGACUGUAAGUGACUGAAGGUGGGGCCAUACUGUAAUGCUGAAGUUAACAAAUUUUGUUUCAACGUAUUUUUAUAGUUUUUUGACCUGUGACUUUAAAUCAUGACUUUUUCAGAGAGAAAAAAAAGCUUCUUUACUAUCUAAGCAUGCGUGAAAAUGUCAUUUCGUAAAACAAAAUCAUUCUUUUGUUUUUUAAUAGUCCUUUGUUCAGUCUCCUAAAUUGGACUCUACCGCCCCCUGGUGGUGAGCCUUUGUCACGAAACACUGCCGUUGCUAGGUAAACUAAAACACUCUCUGAUUUGCUGAAUCAAAGAACCUAAACCAAUCAGCGUUGUUUUUAUUUCGAGGUCACAUCUGCGCUUAGGCGUCUAGUGAUACAAGAGUUUUCCCAGCAGGCAUCUUUAUAGUUUGCGUUCUGCUGUUUCCGAUCACUGUUAACAAUCGACUCGUUAUUCAUUUUAGUGCGUUUGAAACAAUGUGAUUUUUAUUUAUUGGUUUUUCACGAACGCUCGGUAAAGUCGAACCGAUUACUAAAACUGAAGCUUAAAUUUAAACAAGCUAGCUUGUGGUGAAAAAAAGUUUCACAAUGUUGAAGCUUAACUUCAGAAGGAGAGAAAACAAGGAGGAGUAUAGGCACAUAGCUCAUGGUUUGAUCCCCGCAGCGUCUGUUGCCCCCAAGCCCGCCGUACCUCGUACCCCUCCGCCUCACAACCCAAACCCGUCUCCAGAGCGACCCAGGUCCGCCUUGGCAGCAGCCAUUCUCUCCUCCUCUCUGACGGGUCAGACCUGGGCCAUCCCUCCGUUCCGGCCCAGGUCAUCCUCUGAGAUUGACCGGUCAGAAUCCAUCGUGUCCGGGCCGAACUUCAACACAGCGUAUUAUAUGAGCUCGACUUCAAGCGCCCUCAGAGACAGAUGGUCAGAGGAUUUAGCCGACCGGCCACGCCUGUCCUCCCCUGAACACUCAGACGAGGAGUUUAUAGACAAAGAGGAGGAGGAGGAGGAGGAGGAUGAAGAAGAUGAGGAUCACGUCUACCAAAGCCUGGACACACGUGUGAACCUGAUGGAAUCGGAAAACGUCCCUGAUGUGCAGCUAGAAAGUCAGCCCAGUACCCCUCUGCCUGCUCAGAUGUCCGGAAGAAAAGCUGCCUCCCCAGAUUUCACAGAGGGAUCGGGAAGCUGGUCCCCUGAAGCCACGGGGGAGAGAGCGUCUGUCAAGAAGAGGCCCGAAAAUUGGAAGGAAGAUGUGUCAUCUUUACCUCCCGUCCCAGCUGCCAGCCCCUCCAGGUGCUACAAAGCAGCGGGCGGCACUUCUCCAGAGCUCAGCAGCGCAUACAGCAAGGUCCAGAAGCAGAGGCAGCCCAGGAGAGCCGGUGAACAUCAGGAGAGCCCAAACUCCUCCCACAUGGGAUCUCUUGCAGUCAGCAAGGCGGAGCUGCAGAGUUUGAGACGGCACGCUCAGGAGCUGGUGGACGAAAACGACGCCCUGAAACUGACAGUUCACCGCCUGAAAGUAGAGCUCAGCCGCCACCAAGCUGCCGCCAGACCGCCGUCCAAAGACGAGCUCGACGUGAAUCAUUUCUGCGCUUCGCUGCCGGCUGAAGAAGACGGGAUGAAGGAGGAGCUGAAGAAACUACGUCUUCGCGUUGAAGAAUUGAUCAGAGAAAACCAAAGACUUCACGCCGAAAGCGCCAGGAUGAGCGAGCACAGCCAGGAGGACAGUCAGCAAAUCCAACAGCAGGCCCUCCUGGUCCUGCGGGAGAACCAGGAUCUUCUCAAUCAGAUCGAAGCUCUGCAUGUCGGGGCCAAAGCAAACCGAAGCAAACACCAGUCAGAAGUGACGAAGCUAUCGAAGCAGCUGAUGCUGCUGGAGGCGGAGAAGCAGAGCGUGGAGGAGGAGCUACAGGAGAGCAGGAGGGAGGCCGAGAAACGUGCAAAGGAGGUUCAGGUUCUGCAGAAAUGCCUGAAGGACGCAGUUACCUGGGACGAACACUGCCACAUGUCAGAGAAACUCAGAAGACAGCUGGAGCAGCAGGAGAGCAGGAGCACGGAGGAGCUGCAGGAGUUGUUUCAGAGAGUCUCCAGGCUGCAGGAGGAGAAGAGGCGACUGGCGCAGGACAACCUCAGCUUGGCUGCCGACGUCAAGACGAUGAGGGCUGAGCUGGAUCUCUGCAGACAAGCUAAUAGGAAGGCAGAAAGAAAGAUGAGCGUCCUGAAAAAGCAGAAAGAAGAGUCCCUGUUAAAGGAGGAAAAGGUGCGGCUUCACCUGGAGGCUCUCAUGUCUGUAGCAGAGCACAUCUCCACGCAAAGAGACCAGCUGUUACACACGGCUUCAGCUCUUCACCAGGAAAAGCAGGGAUUCAUCGGCAGCCUCCUGAACAGCACGCUCCGAUUUGGAAAGUUGCAAGACGACGCCAAAGUGUACCGGAGGCACGCGGCGUCCAGGCUGGCACAGCUGGAGGAGUCACUGGAGGGGACGAAAGCCUCGCACCGGAGGGAGAUCCUUCACCUGCAGAGGCUGCUGAGCGGAAGACAGGAGGCUGAGGAGAAACUGCUGCAGUCCAAACGGGAGGUGGAGGAGGAGCUGGAGAUGCUGUGGCAGGCGGCAACAAGGGAGAACCGGGUGAUGAGGGAGACCCUGGUGGAGUCAGAAACCACCAGGGAUCUUCAGGGCUGGACGAGUGGGGACGGCGCCUCUCCUGGCUGCACAUCCCCUGCUCCGGACGAGGCGCCUCCAUCCUCCCAGCAUCCACCCAAGCACGGUCUGGACUAUUACUGCUGACAGACGCUCCGCCUCAAAAUGUUUCCGUUCUGUGAGGAAGAACUUGGUUCUUAAAUUAAAACUUUGGUAAAAUCAUUAACUUUGCGUUUGUAUAAAUUUGAUCCACAUGUAGUUAGAACUAUGAGGAAAUGUAAUAUUUAAUCAGACAAUUGUCCUGAUGAGGAAAUAGUGCCAUCUACUGGACACUUGUGGUAUGCACCCAAUUAAGCAUUGACUUUUGAUGCACUUUAGUUUUGCCAAAUAAUUUAACAAUAUUGCAAUGUUGAUUUUGAAAAAUAAAUUAUAUAUUUUUGCUUUGUGGUUUACACACAGA